UAACUUUAGAACUGUUAUGUGAAAAUUGUUUAGUUAAGCCCAAAAUGAUAAAUUACCUUAAAAGAAUGAGGUUACUAAAAAAACCAAAUCGGCUACGAUAUUUUUCUACAAUAUCUUUGCCUGAUAUCGAUAUUGACUAUUACUGUAACACAAAGAAUAUAAUACCCAUAGAAAGAAACAUAAAAAGUAGAAAAGGUAUAGGUGAUAUUAAUAGAGUACAAGAAUUAUACAAUUUGUACAAAGUUACGCCAAUCAGUGAUCGCAAAUAUUUGUCCAUUAAGGAGAACUUAUAUGAAGAACUCUCAAAAUUGCCUAACAAAACUCAUCCUGAGGUUGAAGAGUAUGAGGAAGUACCUCAAGUGGUGCGUGAAAUAAAUCAGAAAAUCGAAUUUGGCACACAUAAACCCCUAGAAUUUAGUGAAAUAACACAGCACUUAAAUCUAAUGCGAACAGACAAAUUAGGUUACACUUGUGGUAACAAAAGUUACUAUUAUUUAGGUGAAUUGGCAGAAUUGGAAGAAGCUUUAAUCAAAUACACAAUCUCAUCUUUGUUAAAAAAGAAUUUUCAACUAGUGUCUGUUCCAGAUAUAUUGUCUAGCAAUGUUUUAAGAAGCUGUGGAAUGACAAUAAAUAAUGAUCGUACCCAGAUAUAUUCAUUAGACCCUGUGCAUCAUGGCCCAGACUUAUAUUUAUCAGGCACUGCAGAGAUGUCACUAGCUGGUCUGUUAACAGAUUCAGUGCAUUCUAAGGCAGAUUUACCUUUGAAGUUAGCAGCUGUGAGUAGAUGCUUUAGAGCUGAAACUUCAAAUUUAAUUGACGAAAGAGGAACAUACAGAGUUCAUCAAUUUACUAAAGUUGAAAUGUUUGCUGUCACUGUACCUGAAAACUCAGACGAAAUGCUGGAGUACUUAAGAAAAAUUCAGGAAGAUCUGUUUUCACCUUUGGGUUGUCACAUGAAAGUUUUAGACAUGCCACCUCAUGACCUUGGUGCUCCAGCUUAUAGGAAAUAUGAUAUUGAAGCGUGGAUGCCAGGACGAAAUAAUUAUGGCGAAAUAUCAAGCUGCAGCAAUUGUACUGAUUAUCAAUCAAGAAGACUUAACAUAAAAUAUCUUGAUGUUGAUAUUCUGAAAUAUGUACAUACACUUAAUGGAACAGCUUGUGCUAUUCCCAGGAUGCUCAUUACUCUACUUGAAACUCACCAAGAUCCAAAAGGAAAAAUUAACAUACCAUUAAUAUUACAGCCAUUUAUGAAUGGAAAAAAAAUUAUAACAAAAAAUAAUAAAGUACCUAAAUUAAAGUUAAUAAAAUUAAAGAAAUAAUAAA